AUGAUUAUGUCGCCAAUGCGAAGAAUACAGUAUGAUUACAGCAGUGUAUCAGAAGAAUCGGAAUCAUCAUCGGAACAGCCAGACGAAGUUAAAGAUAGCACAGUCGAAGACACACUUGAACACUGCCAGUGGCGUGAAUGUAGAACAGAAAGAGGCCGGGCUUAUUACUACAACAUCGACACAAAUGAAUCACGCUGGCUAAAGCCAAGCGAAUAUAAAGAUUUGGAAAGACAAUUAGUUGUUCGGCAGACGCGAGCUAAAUCGCAGCCGUAA